UAAGCAUGCGCACGCGUUAUCGAUUUUGAUGGAUGGUAUUUAAAGCGUGUUUGACGCGGUCACACUGGUGGUUUACUUUAUUCCGAAAAUUUUUUUGUAAUUUAGUUAUAAUAAAACGAAAACAGCAUGCCUGACUCCGAGCAACUACCGGAGGGCUGGGAGAAGCGCACCAGCCGCUCCACAGGUAUGAGCUAUUACCUUAAUGUGUACACAAAGGAGUCGCAGUGGGAUCAGCCCACUGAGCCGGCAAAGAAGACAGGCGGAGCGGGCGGCGCAUCCUCCGGCAGCGGAGAUGCCCCAGACGAGGUGCAGUGCCUGCAUCUCCUGGUGAAGCACAAGGGCAGCCGGCGUCCCAGCUCGUGGCGCGAGGCGAACAUCACCCGCACCAAGGAGGAGGCCCAGAUGCUCCUGGAGGUCUAUCGCAACAAAAUCGUCCAGCAGGAGGCCACCUUCGACGAGCUGGCCCGCUCCUACUCCGACUGCAGCUCCUCCAAGAGGGGCGGCGACCUGGGAAAGUUCGGCAGAGGUCAGAUGCAGGCGGCAUUCGAGGAAGCCGCCUUCAAGUUGAACGUUGGCCAGCUGUCGGGCAUCGUGGACAGCGAUUCCGGCCUGCACAUUAUCCUGCGCAAGGCCUAGACUCAUCGAGCACCGACCCCACACAGCACAACUCACGUCACUUCACAUAAAUAAAACGGAAUUUACAGCCAUUUCAAUAUAGAA